UAGCAAUUCAUUUUCUUACCAUCUCUAUCAUUCUUACAUUUUCUUAGAAUAUAUUGCUGUCAAUCUUAGAUAACGUCCAUUAGAUAAGUUCUGUAGGAAAAUUUUCAGAAAUGCUGUUUGCAGAUUUUUUUAGGAAAUGAGGCUGUUGAAGGUAGCAACUUCUAACCUGAACCAAUGGGCAAUGGAUUUCGAUUGCAAUUUGAAGAACAUAAAGGCAUCCAUGGCAAGGGCUAAAGAAGCCGGUGCUGUUAUCAGGCUAGGCCCCGAGCUUGAGAUUACUGGCUGUGGCUGUGAAGAUCAUUUCUUGGAACUCGAUACAGUAACACACGCGUAAUUAAGCUCAAAUUCCCUUGUUGGUAUACUUGUCAUCUCGAAAGCAUGAUAUAUGUUUGGCGUGCUGUGUUACGCAUGCAUUACUUGGUUUGCUUUGCUUUGCAGGUGGGAGUGUUUGAAAGAAAUAUUGGUUGGUGAUUGGACUGAUGGCAUAUUAUGCAGCAUAGGAAUGCCUGUUAUUAAAGCGUCAGAGCGAUC